CUCCGCCUUCUCCAUCUCCAUUAUUAAUCCUCCAUCAUCAGAUCAUCGCUUUCAAUCAUCCAGGGACCUUGUCCUUUCCCUUCGCUUUUCCUUUUGUACAAGUCUCCUUAUUUGAUACCCAUUUGGUUGCCUCUUUAUUUCUUCUUCCACCAUUCCUUCUUGCCCCUUUCUUUCCUGAUUAUGAUACAGCCUUAGCAUCCAACAUGUCUCGUCUCCUCAGGCUCCUCCAAACCACCCUCUUCCUCCCCCUUCUCCUCUGCACCAUCCUAGUAGCAGCCGAGCAUACAUCAAACUGGGCUGUUCUAGUAUCAACUUCGCGCUUUUGGUUCAACUAUCGCCAUCUCGCCAAUGUCCUCUCCUUAUACCGAACCGUCAAGCGUCUCGGGAUCCCCGAUUCGCAAAUCAUCCUGAUGCUCCCCGACGACAUGGCCUGCAACCCUCGCAAUGCUUUCCCAGGCACCGUCUACAGUAAUGCAGAUCGCGCGGUCGAUCUGUAUGGUGAUAACAUCGAGGUGGAUUACCGGGGCUAUGAGGUGACGGUUGAGAACUUCAUCCGACUUUUGACCGACCGGUUGGACGAGGAUGUGCCGCGCAGCAAGCGUCUGGGGUCAGAUGCAGGAAGUAACGUGCUGGUAUAUAUGACCGGACAUGGUGGAGAUCAAUUCUUGAAGUUCCAAGACUCAGAAGAAAUUGGUGCGUGGGAUUUGGCCGAUGCGUUUGGCCAAAUGUGGGAAAAGAAGCGCUAUCAUGAAUUGCUGUUCAUGAUCGAUACUUGCCAAGCCAAUACGAUGUACACCCAUUUCUACUCGCCCAACAUUAUCGCCACGGGAUCAAGUGCCCUCGACCAGUCUUCAUACUCUCAUCAUGCGGACAAUGACGUCGGGGUUGCGGUCAUUGACCGCUGGACUUAUUACGUGCUCGAGUUCCUCGAGACUCAAGUGACAAACGCCAACUCGAAACUCAACCUGGGAGAUCUGUUUGAUUCGUACGAUGAGUCUAAGAUCCAUUCGCAGCCCGGCGUGCGAUGGGAUUUAUUCCCAGGAGGCGAACAGGAGGGUCGUCUACGGACUGUUGUGGAUUUCUUCGGCAAUGUUCAGAAUGUGGAGGUGGAGAACGCCAACGCGACGGACCCAGGUUCCUUGAAAGAGGAUCUAGCUGAAAUUGCUCGACUCGCGGGAAAGUGGCGCAAGCGAGACCAAGAGUACUUCAUUCAACCAGUGGCUGGAUAUGGCGACCUCGCUCGUGCAGGAGAGGAGCUGGUCAAGCCCAUGCAGACCACCAAUGGGGGUAGUGGAGGCGUGGUGGUUUGUUUAGGGGUGGGUGGACUGGUUGAUCUCAGUGAAAUACUCUCCCUGAGCAACCCGGAGGACGAAAUCGAGGAUAUGGGAGGCGUGGAAGUCUGGGUUUUCGACGCGAGGCGGCCAUGGAAUCUGGGAAAUGUGUUUGGUGGACAAGCGGUAUCAGGACAACCGUUGGGAGAAAUGGACGCGGCUGCACGACGGAAAACGCGCGGAAUCGAUAGGGGGUGCAUCAACCCCUCUUACAAAUCGGGGAACGGUGGAAUUGUCGUGUUUGAUGACGGGGAUAUUGAGGAUGAGAUGGAAAGGGAAAGGGAGGCAUAUUGCGCCUUGCUGGAGAUGCCAGAAUUGGAUGAGGAGGAUGAAGACGACGAGCCUGGGAGUGAGGAUGAAGACUUUGAUUCCAGUAUGGUAGGGACCAAGAAGCGAAAGUCGUGGUCCGGACGAGAGGAUGAGGACGACUCUGAGGAAGAAGACGGGCCACCUCGUCAGCGGCGGAGGAGUAACUCAGGAUCUUCAGUUGUUUCGUCUCCUAGUCGUCGACAACGGCCUGGCCAUAACUCUUCGAACUCGUCACGCUCUGUUACUCCGGUCUCAGAUUCGCCCUCACCUGCACAGCAAAGGCAGCCUUCCGCGCGCACAUUGAAGCGUCGACUCCUCCGACUGAAAAGGAAGCAUGAUGCGGUGUUACAUGCUUAUUACUCGGCGGGAACCUCGUAUUCGGAACCUAUAUCAUCCCUUGUCUACUCUCUUGCGUCUGAAUUGGGUCGUGAAGACAAUGAUCUACUAUGGCUAGCCAUUGUCGGUGUUUCUAGUCUGGAACUUAGUGGUCGUACAAUGUCUGGCGUUGGCAUUUCCAACUCAUCGGAGUCUGGAGGAUCGGCUGGUUGGGGUGGAGAGCGGGGUGAACGAGUGCGCGGGAUUCUUCGAGAUGAGGUUAAUCGACUGAAUCCCCCUGACCCGAACGAUCGAGAUAUCAGAGGGGAAAUCAACGGCGUUAUCCAAACGACCGCACGGUCCCCAACCGAUAAAUCAAUCCGCAUCUCCCCCGAACCGCGAUUUAUUCUGGUGCGACACUGGUCGCUCUACGACAGCAUGCUACACAGCCCGUAUUUGGCAUCGCGCCUUCAUGUCUGGACUGAAAAUGGCAGAAAACGACUCCAUAAACUCCUGGCAAAGAUGGGAAUCAGUCUCACCCAAUGUCAUCAGAAUUACACUCAUAUGGAUAUGGAACUAAAGCGUGUACUACGGUCGCGACUCCUGAAAUACGCACCCAUGUACGGACUAGACGGGCUUGUCCCGCAAGAUGGAUCAGGCCAUGUCAGUUCUCGUGAAGGCUGGGGUUUUGUACGCUGCUGGGGCUGGAAGGCUUGUCUGUCUGCCACAGACAUCGGUGUCAUCGUGGGUGCCAUUCUCGAGGUUGGGCCAGAGGAGCAUCCCACCUGGGAUGCAAAGCGCCUAUCCCGACCUCGAAUUGCGAAUUCAUCUGAUGACCAUGAAGGGUCUACCGAGUCCGAUCUGUCCAGCCUUCUCCCUCGGUUCUGGAGUGCAUAUGAUGCCCUCUCUUUGACUUCGGAGUCGCCUACGCUUCUUAUGGAAGCGCUUCCCCUUGCUCAACAUCUUCAUCGUGCCAUCCUCCGAACCGGUACAUCUUUACUCUCAAAGCACCAAAUCCGGCACUUGAGGGCGUUCCGUAUCGCUGUUGUCAAGGAUGGACCAGAUGUAAAGCUGUUUACGAACCCUGGAGCACUGACUAAACUUGCAUUGUGGAUCGCUGAGGCCAUCCGAGUGCAAGAACGAGAAAGGGGCGAUAGUGUCAAGCUUGGCCGGAGGCGAGCAGCUGGUACGCCCCUUGUGUUAGCUGGCCUUGAUGAGGACAGAGGUCUCUAUGUUGUUGUCGGCACUGGUGGAGGUGGAGGUGUGAUCGACUUCGCUGCUUUAUCGAAGCGGCAAGAAGAGCGCCGACAGAAAAAGGAUGCUAAAGAAAAGAAGCAGAAGGAACGAGAAGAACGUCGGGCGCAACGUGCAGCCGAACGUGCCCAAAGGGGAGAUGAAGAUGAAGAAGCAGAAGAGACCGAAGAGGACUCGUCCGAGUCCUCUGAGUCUGAGUCGGAAUCGGAGAACGAGGACGAUAUGCGCGCGAACAAGCAUCUUCUACGAAACCGGUUUGGCAUCGCCUUCCAGGAAGUAGUGCAGGAAACGAACGCCCGAGUCCGCAUUGACAGCUUCGAACACUGCGUGGUCGAAGUCCAAAAGGAGGAUCUCGGAGGUUUCCUCGAAGCUCUGAGUUUCCGCAGCGUCGUCGGAUAA